GUAAGAAGAGCAGGAAAGAAGGAGUAUGCCGCUUCCUUUUUAGAAGCUUUUAUUCUUUAAGCAAGAGUAAUUACCAGUGACAGAGGGCAGAGCCCACUUCAUUGGGACCUCCCUCCAAACCCGCCGGGAUCCUCUACUUCCACCCUGAGCAAAGCAGGCGCCUUCACAAAGGAGUAAAAGCCUCCCAGCUGCCUCCGGCGGCAUUGGAAUAGAGAUGUCUACGGGGAAGGUCUGUUGUCUGGUGCUGCUGACCCUGGGGGUGCUGGCUGUGGUUGUUACACUUGUGGUCAUCCUGACUCAACCCAGGUGUGGUCCUCAGCAGUACCUGCAUGGCGCCGUGGCUGCUGACACUGAGACCUGCUCUGUCAUCGGCCGGGACAUCCUCAAAAGUGGAGGCUCAGCUGUGGAUGCUGCCAUUGCUGCCUUGAUCUGCACCUCAGUGAUGAACCCUCAGAGUUCAGGCCUGGGUGGUGGAGUUGUAUUUACCAUCUAUAAUGCCAGCAAAGGAACAGUCGAGGUGAUCAAUGCCCGUGAGACGGUCCCACGAGUGUUUCCACAGAACUUGUUGUCCGGCUGUGCUGCUGGUUUCCCUGUUGGUCCCCGCUGGAUCGCUGUACCAGGAGAGCUUCGGGGGUAUGAAGCAGCCCAUAAGCGAUACGGCCGCUUACCAUGGAAAGCCCUGUUUGAACCAACCAUCAAGGUCCUUUCAGAGCCACUUGUCAUUUCCCCAGUUAUGGAGAAAUUUAUUCAUCACCCAGCCUUUGCCAGCCCAGGAAAAAGCCUGUGCCCACUACUUUGUGAUGGCCAGAGGUUUUUGAAGCGUGGAGAGACCUUCAGGUGGCCAGCACUGCAGCAGACACUGAGGGUUGUAGCAGAAAAUGGAGCUACAGCGUUUUAUGAGGGACAGAUAGGAAAGGCCCUGGUGGAGGACAUUAGGAAAGCUGGGUCCAGCAUGUCACUGGAGGACCUUAAGGCAUACAAAGCAGAGGUGUCCUCAGCUCUCAACAUUACCCUGAACAACCACACCACAGUGUUUUCUCCUGGACCACCCAUGGGAGGUGCUGUGCUCAUGUUCAUCCUCAAGAUACUGGAAGAGUAUAAGCUCCAUGAAGCUUCACUGGCAACACCCGAGGAGAGGGUAGAAACCUACCAUCACAUCGCAGAGGCCCUGAAGUUUGGCAAUAUGCUAAAAUCCAGCAUGCGUGACCCAGCCUUUUCUGAAGCUCGGGAGACUGUGGGGCCCAUGCUGUCUGACGAGCUUGCUGAGCUUGCCAGGCACCGAAUAGAUGCCCGUGGUGACCACCCACUUACCCAUUACAACUUGUUGGAGCCCAUCUACAGCCACAGAUACAAAAGCAAGGGCACAAGUCAAGUCUCUGUGCUUGCUGCAGAUGGCAGUGCUGUGUCUGCCACCAGCACCAUCAACUACCCGUUUGGCUCUUUUGUGUAUUCUAACCAAACUGGGAUCAUUCUAAACAAUGAACUUGCUGAUUUCUGCAUAGCAAACAGAAGCAUUAAACCAGGAGAGAAGCCUCCCUCAGCAAUGGUGCCUUCCAUUCUCAUCUCCAAGACAGGAGACAUGCUGGUGAUUGGAGGAGCAGGUGGAGCCUGGAUUAUCAGUGCUACGAGUAUGGCAAUUAUAAACAAGCUGUGGUUUGGCUAUGACUUGGAACAUGCUAUUUCAGCUCCCAUCAUACACACUGAAGAUGACAGUAUCCUGUUUGAGGACCACUUCAAUGAGGAGGUUAGAAAUGGCCUGCUGAGAAGAGGACAUAAGGAAAAGAAAGUUAAUUUUGCAAUGAAUGUUGUGCAGGGAAUUUCCAAGGAAGGAAAAUGCAUCUCUGCUUACUCUGAUAAAAGGAAGCUGGGGAAGUCAGCUGGAUAUUAGCAUGAAAUGCCAUCACAACUUACAAAACUACAGGAGAUAACUAGAUUCAGAACGUACUUUGGCUUGGACAUGCCAGUAUUGCCUGUUCCCAUCAGGAUGCCUCCAAGAGCAUGGGUAAAACUUGUGCUUAAACCCAAUACCAGAGAAUGCAAGUCACCUUCAGGCAAUACAACAGGUCAGCCAGCCUUGU